UUCCGGGCCGCUCUUGAACGUCCCCGGCUCUCAUUGUGCAGCCGAGGAAACAUCGGAAGGUUUCGACGACGUCGGUAUGAAAUGGCAGAAAGUGCCUGUGUCGCGGAAGCACCGAGAUUAGGCGACGUAGGAGCUGCACAUGUUUACUGUGGAGACCCCGGCCUGCUGAACUGAGAGCUAACGGGAGUGCUUCUGUCAGGGGGGGAAAACGUGGAUUAAAGACCACCAGGAUUUCCUGCCUAUAAAAACCCGUCCAGCUCGCGUCUGAGGGAGGCAGCAGGCGGCGGCUGCUGCAGGUCGACACUGCUGGAAUUAACCGGAGAGGGAUCUUGAGAGGCCUGCCCUUCUUGGAUGCCCAGCCUCAGAGUUCUACCAAGGUUUCAUCAUGAACCGGAACAAGCGUGAAAAGGAGUAUUACAGCAUAGAUGUGGGCGAUUCAACUUUUACGGUCCUGAAGCGCUACCAGAACCUCAGACCUAUUGGAUCCGGAGCACAGGGAAUCGUCUGUUCUGCAUAUGACCACAACCUGGAGAGGAACGUUGCCAUCAAGAAGCUGAGCCGGCCCUUCCAGAACCAAACCCACGCCAAGCGGGCCUACAGGGAGCUGGUGCUCAUGAAAUGUGUCAAUCACAAGAACAUCAUCGGCCUGUUAAACGUAUUCACGCCUCAGAAGACACUGGAGGAGUUCCAAGAUGUGUAUCUGGUGAUGGAGCUGAUGGACGCCAACCUGUGUCAAGUGAUUCAGAUGGAGCUGGACCACGAGAGGCUGUCCUACCUGCUCUACCAGAUGCUGUGUGGGAUUAAACACCUCCAUGCUGCAGGCAUCAUACACAGGGACCUGAAGCCCAGCAACAUUGUAGUAAAGUCUGACUGCACACUGAAGAUCCUGGACUUUGGCCUUGCCAGGACCGCUGCCACCGGCCUCCUCAUGACACCCUACGUAGUGACCCGCUACUACCGCGCCCCCGAGGUCAUCCUGGGCAUGGGUUACCAGGCCAACGUUGAUGUCUGGUCUGUUGGAUGCAUCAUGGCUGAAAUGGUCCGAGGUAGUGUGUUGUUUCCAGGCACUGAUCAUAUUGACCAGUGGAACAAGGUGAUCGAGCAGCUGGGGACGCCGUCUCAGGAGUUCCUCAUGAAGCUCAACCAGUCGGUGAGGACCUACGUGGAGAACCGGCCGCGUUACGCUGGCUACAGCUUUGAGAAGCUCUUCCCCGAUGUCCUGUUUCCUGCUGACUCUGAACACAACAAGCUGAAGGCGAGCCAAGCCAGGGACCUUCUAUCCAAAAUGCUGGUAAUAGACGCUUCCAAGCGGAUCUCUGUGGACGAGGCUCUCCAGCACCCUUACAUUAACGUGUGGUACGAUCCGACUGAAGUGGAGGCACCGCCGCCCGCCAUCACAGACAAGCAGCUGGACGAGCGGGAGCACACAGUGGAGGAGUGGAAAGAGUUGAUAUAUAAAGAAGUGCUGGACUGGGAGGAAAGGACAAAGAAUGGCGUCAUCAGGGGACAGCCUGCGUCUAUAGGUGCAGCAGUGAGCAGCAGCCCUCAGCAGCAGCACCAGCACCAUCCCUCCACAUCCUUGUCCUCUGACCCCACCCUGACCGACACGGACAGCAGCCUGGAGACGGCCCCCGGCCCCGCGGGCCACCCAGGCCCCGUGGGCUGCUGCAGAUGACUAUCACACCUCCCCUCACCCCACUGCACCCUCCCCCCCUCUGUGCUCGUCUCCAGUAGUUUAGUGUAUUAGUCAGAUAGCUGUUUAAGAAAAAUGUCUGAAACAACAGAUCUUCAUCCUGUUUUCCUUUUUCAAAUAAUCAUUCGUAGACUUUUGUUUCUGUCCUAAAAUAUAAUUUUUUUUGUCUAUAAUUUAUUUUUAUUUUUUUUUAGAAAAUGGUUAUUUGACAGAUCUCUAAAAUG